AUGGAUGCGGAAUGUGCGUUACAUGGAGACGUACGUACAAGUAAGAAGAAGCAGGAGGAGCGUGACGGACAGGGGAAGGUCGGGCGUCUUCGGGGUCGACUAGACGAUGAGGGCGAGAUUCGUCGCGAGACUACUGGUUUCCUUUCUCUUCACACUUAUCAUUACAUUUGUGUUUGUCUACAAUCACUUAAGGACAAUCAAUCUCAUCACGUGGGAGAAAAAUCGUCGCAUUUAAUCCGAAGAUCGGUGUUGCUCCGAUAUGGAGAUGAGGAUCGACUGGUAGUCUUCUCCGCAUAUAACCACUACGACAACAUCACUGUCGUUCUCGCUUCCUACGGAUAUUUCAUGCGUCCAUUGUUCUGUCGUCUUUUCGACAGCCAGAUGAACGAAAUCCUGCCGGCCACUCAGUCACUGGUUUUUCCUGAAUUCACCGUACGAUGUCCUUCGAGCGCCACAGCGCGAUUUGUUGCUGUUUCGCUGAACAGUGACGAUGAAAUCAAUGCAUCUAGUAUGCAAAAGAUUGGAACGCCUAGAACAGACGAACACUUCUUCUUCAGCGUAUGCUUGGCACCGUUAUGGGGUGAUGCUCCCAAAUGGUUGAUGCUGAUAGAAUUCAUCGAGUAUUACAUUUUACAGGGCGCUAAGCACAUCUCCAUCUACAAGCAACACAUUGAUGAGCUGACAAGACUUGUGCUCGACAACUACGUCAAAAAAGGGAUCAUAGAUGUGGUGGAGGUUAACGAGUCAACCAACUGCCUAAAAAGACACAGAUGUCGACAUGAGAUGCAGCUGCAGGAUUGCGUUUUCCGACAUCGCGGUAAGAGUAAGUGGGUAGCAAUGGUGGACUUGGAUGAGAGGAUCAACGUGAACGACAAGACGCUGAACGGUUAUAUGAGAACGAUAGAAGAUGGGAACUACGGGGAGCUGCGGUUUCGUUGCCGCUGGAUACUUCGAUUAGCAGAAAUACCCAACGAUCCAGAGACAUGGAGAAAGGAAGGUGCUUUCACUCCAAUGGUGUUAUGGCAUAACACCAGUCAUGUCGCACCAAUAAACCACACAACCAAGAGUAUAAUACAACCUCACAAGGUGGAAAGUAUGGGCGUACAUCAAGUUCUACGAUUUGCUUCGGCUGCUACGGUAUUUCUUGUCCCUCCAGAGGUAGCAGUGGUAAGGCAUUAUCGAAACGUCCGAGGUUGGUCAUACUUCCUAAAGGAGGCAGAGAGCUUUGGUUCGUUUGAAAAUACAGAGCUCACCUCCAAUUUGGUCGACAAUUUACAAGCGAAUGUUCUCCGAAAAGUCGAUCUACUUUUCCCAAGCAAAGAUCUCACUCUAGUUCGAGUAAAACCUUUGCUUUCUCAGCUAAGUUCAAGCUUCUCCGGAAAUAACAUCUCAAUUUUUGCAUUGAAAUUUCAUGAAAAAAUGAACUACCCACUAACGAGAAGUAGAGACCGCCUGUGCGACCCGCAUAACUUCAUACAUCGGAAGCGAUCAAUAGAAACAAUCAAUAUGCUACAACUGAAUGGUUAA